AAAGGUGUUAAGGAAAUUCGAGCGAGUAGAGGUUAUAUUUCGCAAUUAUUUAAUAUUCACGUUGGGUAAUAACUUAUGAUAUUUUUCGAAUAUUUAAGAUGUGAAUUUAACGUAAACUGAAGGAAUAACCUCUGUGAUAUCGCUCGCAGCGUGCCGAAUUAGCAUGUCGGCGGUUAGAUUUAAGUUUAUAUUAAAAAACCUUAAUGUAAGAAUAUUCAGUGCUUGGACACGAAGAUUUCUCGUAAAUGAUGUUGUGAAACGUUGCAUACGUGAUUGGGGUGCUAAGGAAGUGAUACAGUGUUUUAAACAGACAAUACUGCGACCCAGACGGACACUGUUAAUAUCAGCGACAGCGGCUUAUAAAAGUCGUGAUGAUUCCUACAGCUGUGACAAAGGGAUAUCUGACGAUGAGAUGCAGGCGUUGUUGUCGGAGCUCAACAAUGCUGAAACUCUCACGAAGCUGACGAUGUACUGCACCAGCUGCGGCAAGAGGCUGGUGGUGGACAGGAAACAGAACGGGGUUAGUUACUGUGGUUGCAAGGAACCCCAGACGAGCAGCGACCCCGACGGCUGGGUUCCGUACAUGGAGGCCGAGGAUGUGAUCAUCUGGAGGAAGGAGUAUAAACCUGGCCAGGCACUGUACGCUUAUAAAGUAUACGGGCGGUAUCCUGAAGUGUUAGCCAGUGAUUUCGCCGCUGUGCAGGUAGAUGGCGCUUAUCGUCGCUCGUGGGAUUCGGCGGUCGCGUCCUUGUCUGUAGUGCAAAGGGACGUUGACAAUGUUGCUGGACAAGCCGUGCUUCAUUGGGAGGUCCUGUGGCCGAGAUUAUUCGCGAACCGUGACUACGUUUACAUAAGGCGACACAAGGAAUUCGAAAUUACUAGCGACAAACCCAAAACUGAGAAAAAAACGAGCUUCGAGCACAGCGUCCACGCGAGAGCGAAAAAGAGGUCCAUGGAAGGGGAUACGAGGGAAGAGGAGCGGGGGAACAAGCUGUAUAUAAUAAUAUCGAAGUCCUGCGAGCAUCCAGAGGUGCCGGAAACGAAGAACGCCAUCAGGGUGUCCGAGUAUUGGAGUCACAUGGUGGUGAAGAGCAUCGACGGCAGCGAUAAGCCUGGAAUGGAAUUCGUGCUGACUUAUUACGACGAGCCCGGCGUGGGCGGAAUGCCGUGCGGAGUGGCCGCCUGGGCUAGUAGCAGGGCGGCGCCCAUCUACUUACAGACCAUGAGGCGGGCGGCCUCCGAGUACCGGGCCUGGGCCGCUCUCAGGGAUCCGCAGGAUCUGCCAGAUUUUAUACCGUUCGGACCGGAAGUAGUUAAUCAAGAGGAAACGGAAAUGCUAGAAGAGGAUAUGGAGUCAUCAAAACGUGGCCCGGAAUUGAACGGGCUGACCCAAGACAAGGAAUCGCAGACGGAUGAAUAUCUGCUGGAGAGUAUCAGCAACAAGACGCACAUACAACCCGACACACAGAACGCGUACAGGAAAGAUGAUGCAGAAGAAAAAAAAGACGCCGAGGACACAGCGGAAGAGGGAAUGUCGCCGGAAGAAGAGCCCAACGGCAGCUGGUGGCGCUACCUGUAUCCGUUCUAUUAUUUCGUCUGACCCGAGUACGGUUUGUGAAAUACAUCCGGCCAAAGAUAUUUCUAGUACAAACUUGUAAGAAUACAAGAAUUUUUCAUUGAAAACUAACUCGGUAUGAAAAAUAUAUACAAUUAUUAUAAAAAAAAGCUUUAACUAUCCCACGGUUACAGUUACAUACGUAUGAAGUUAUAUCCAAAUCGGUUUAGCAUUUGUAUUACACAAAGUUUCAAGGACAAACUAUCGGAUAUUUUAGACCAUAAGUACGUUUCCUCGACAAAAUCACUUGAAGCCUUAAUAAGAAUUUACCAUAGUACGAGUUACCGUCGUGCGCUUAAAGUUUAAACCGAAAGUUUGAAAGUGCUAACAGAAACAUUUUAAACAUUCGUUCUGUCGAGCAUUUAUUUGGUUUGAUAUCUACCCUCACACUAAAGGUGCUCAUUGACUAAUGCAGAAUCACUGGUUUUCCUCAUAUAUACGACUACCCUAAAAGUUUUUAUUGCGACAGUCGCACGACAGUCGCAAGUCUAUGACUUCCUGAUUAGAUUUCUAUAAAUUUAUACAAUUAUCCUAUCCACAUAACAGUCUUGUAUAUAGAUUAGAAAAAUGAAAUGAUAUAUGAAAAAGUCAAUUUUUAUUUAAGUCUGUGUUACAAAAAUAUAUAUAUGUAUAUAGUAUAUAAAUUUAAAUCUCUCAUGUAUUAACUUUAGACAAAUUGUUUUAUUCGUAUUUUAAGACUUAUCCCGAUAAACAUGUUUCUUGUAGUAACAGUUACGGGUCUGUUUAAAAUUUCAUACAGAAAAAUUAUAUAUAUAUAUAUAUAUAUAUAUAUUUGCAUUUUAUUGUAUGUAUAUUUAUAUUUAUAUGAAUUAUUUGCACAUUUAUAAAUGAUUGUUUAUUUCAUGCCUCAUAAUUUUCACUUACCGAAAGGCACGUAAAUCAUUAAAUGAUAACUUUUAGUCCCAAAAACCGGGUAACGGCUUGACCUUUUUGGAUUAAGUUUAAUAGAUGUCAUUGUCUAUAACAAGGUCGGUUUUAAAGACAGAAAAAGUUUCGAUGGUUUGAACUAAAAUCGCCCAAAAAAUACCAGCCGUUCCAAGAAAUUUACCAGGGUUACAGCAUUUUCAGCACAUAUAGCGAAUUGGGCAAUAAAUAUUGCGAUAGCAGGUCCAAUUUUUAAAUUCUUCCCAUGAGCUUACAUUAAAAACUUGGAUUUUUUUUUGGGACGUACUAAAAAUCAAUUUCAAUCAAUUGACUGGGGUCAGCUGGGUUGAAAGUUCAGUUUUUGUUAAAAUUCACGAAAUAGGCUUUGUUAGAUAGCUUUUUAACAAAUAUUUAGAUAGAAAGUUUAUAGGUGUCAGGAUCUAUUAAGCGCUUUGGCCAAGUAUAACAGUCCGUUCUUAGAAAUAUUUUUUCUAAUAUUUUUCAGCUCCUGUCUGAAAUCACAUUUUUAAUAUUUACAUAACUUGGGCGGUUUCGUUUCAGGCCAAUAGUCUUGGGCUUUUGCACUUAACGAUUUGAAUUUUGAUUUCAUUAUGAAAACUAGCUCUUGUUGGCGAUGUGUAGUGAGGCAGAAAUGAUAACAUAUAAUGGUCUUUGGCUCCUCGACCACAAUAAUAUGAAUAUCCGAAAUGUGAUUAUCUGACGAUAAUAGCAGCGGUUCUUCUGUUGUAUGUUUAGGGAAUUUAAUAAAAUGGUCCUUAUAAACCGCUUACCCGCUGGAAGUCAUCUAUCCUGUUAAAUUCCCUGCCCCGAUUGUCUCAAGAGGACCAAAGACCACCCCGAAUAAGUCCUUGUAUUUCAAACGCGGAAACAAAUACAUCGGUGGUAACACUUCCGACUGCGUUCAUCUUCAGUUCAUUAGCCACCAUGUCGCCUCCACAUGAACUAGCACCAGCUCGUUUCAGUCACUCCUUCUGAGCAAUUGUUUCCUUUGUUUUAGGACAGUAGUUGAGGCCUGUCUCAUGCAAUCUAUAUAUUUGCCUCGAUAAAACUACCCCGCGAGCUCUCAGCCCCGCUAUCCCUUGCAACAAAACAUAAAAACUGCCAUCUGUCUUUGAACCCGUGAAUUAAAAUAUACGCGAGUUAUGUAUGUGAUAGUAUAUUUUUAUAUCGUGACUAUGUGAGCUAUGGGACAGACAUUUAAAGAUUUAAAUGCAAAUAUUAUAUUGUAUAGUGAAUGUUGAACGAAUUCGUUGAAGUUUUUAAAUAUUGGCUUGUGUUUUGAGAGUUUAUUUGUUUGAGAUUUAUCUAAAGAGUUAUUAGUCAAAAAUUUACUGUACCAAAAUUAACUUAAACGGUUCGAGUUGUGGAUUUAUUGACAGAGCAAUGAUUAACUAAUUAAAUAGGUUUUGUAUGAUGUGAUAUGUAAAUGUUGCUUCGUAAAAUCAGUUAGGAAUUAAUUUAAUUUUAAAACGAAAGAAUAAUAUGAGGGUAGCUCAGCAAGAUAUUCAUUCACUGUGCAAUUUUAAUGUGAUUUUUUUUUUCCAUUUCAUAAUGGAAAUUUCCAUAUUAUUAUACUUAAAGAUUAAUUAAUUUCUAACUAAUGAAAUAAGCUUAGAGAUUAUAGAAAUCAAUUAUUGUUAAUUAAUAAAUAUUAUUGUUAUAUA